CUGCCCGCGGUAAUUCUUGCAUUCGUCAAUUUGUCGUUCUUUUCCUCGAAACAAUUCCUUAAAACCUUCAUCAUGUUCAGAUCAGCUGUUCUACGGUCCGUUCGUGGCGUCUCGAAGCUUGCUGUUCGCAGCCAAAGCACUUUUGUCCGUCCCGUUUUCCAGGCCCCAUCCGCCCUGUCUACCCGUUUCACUCCAGCUGUUUCAUUCCAAGCUGUGCGAUGCUAUUCGGCACCAGCUGGUCUAGCAAAGGACGAAGUCGAGGGAAGAAUUGUUGAUCUGCUGAAAAACUUUGACAAGGUCAAGGAUGCAUCGAAGAUUACACCCACUUCUCACUUCGCAAACGAUCUUGGGUUGGAUAGCUUAGACACUGUGGAGGUUGUUAUGGCAAUUGAGGAGGAAUUCAGCAUUGAAAUUCCCGACAAGGAGGCCGAUGCCAUCCACAGCAUUGAUAAUGCUGUUGGAUAUAUCUUGUCUCAGCCGGACGCUCACUAAAAUAUAUAAUUUUCGGAUAGCAAAGAGGUUAAGGGAGAAUUUUUCUGGGUGCAAGCAGCGAAUGAAUGGCUAUUUCCUGGGAAUGGGACCAUGUACAUUUUUUAUUUUGCUGCAGAAAUCAUUUGAGGAGUUCUGCAAUCACUAUCGUCAUCGCAUAUUAAAACAUUCUCUAAGAUCACGCUGCUUAUGUGCCUCGUGAGAAUACAACGCUUGAUUGCCUUAAGCCUUUGAGCACUUGUCCUUCUCUUGUCCUUCUCUUGUCCUUCUCUUGUCCUUUAAUGAGCUCCCUUGCUCAGCGACCAAUGAAAUGCGGCGGCUCAAGCUUAGCGAAGUAGGCGAUCUGUAGACUACCCUCGUAAUGUCGCAUAUUCCAACCCCC